GAUUCAGCUUGAACAAUUCUGGUUUCGCGUCCAUCUUAUAUGUCGCUAAAAUAGCGGAUGUCACUUUUUCUUGAAAGGAAUAGUAAUUAAUAUAAAGUGUGAAAUAUUAGAAUUUCUGCAUCUGACUUUUGCAUGGUGUUCUAACUUCAAUUAAGCCAUGGAAAAGCAUGAAGCUGGAAGAAAAUUUUCUAGGACAGUGCCUGUGAUAAUUGAAAAUCAUGAGAAUGCCACAAAGAAAGCUAAACUCAUGGUCCCAUCCAAUUACACAGCUGGUCAGUUGGCUAAUAUCCUUAGAUCUCGCAUGCAUCUUCUUCCUUAUCAUCCUGUCUACUUGUUCCUGAAAUCCAAACAGAGUCCAAUUCUGAUGUCUAAAAGCAUUGGACACUUACACCACAAGCAUCGAGAUGAAAAAGGUCUUUUGCGACUCAUCCAUGCAGAACAGGCAUCAUUUGGUUUCCGUGGAAACAUAAGAGCAAUCAGGUUUCGACAAAAAUGGAUUGAAAAUCUUCACAAUUUAUUGCACCAAGAUGCUAGUGAUGAUGCUUAUUCUGGUGCACCUCCACCAUAUUUUCCUCUCGACCCACCUUCGAUAAUGAACUUUGGAGCACCACCAGCGCCAUUAGAUAUAGAUGAUCUAAAUGAACCUGCAAAUGAGGAUAUUUUUGAUUAUGUGGCAAAUGUACUUGGAAAUGGAAAUGAUUCUUUCCAUGCUGCAGACGGGGCAAUAUCCGAAUCUUCCACUUCUUGUUCAUCAGAAUCUUCUACGUCAGAAGACUCUUCAGAAUCAUCUACUUUGACAAACUUUUCACUGCCCGUAUUUCCUCCUUUCGCUACAAAUUCAACUGCUGUAGGGGUUGCAAAUUCAUUUUCAACUGCCUAUUCAGCUCAUUUAAAUUCUUGCUUAUCUCCUGGUGGGGCAGAUACGUGGUUGCCUUCUCCUGCAAUAAAUUCCGGUGAAACUUCUUCUGCAGUAGCUCUGUUGGAGAAUGGUGGAGAAGAAAUUGGUGCACCGGAUGAGGCUUUGCCCGAAAUGUACAAUUCCGUUAUGUGUGGAAAUAUUUCAAGCUCUGGCCUGGCAAAUAUUUCAGCAAAUGUUCAACAUUCAAAUGGUUCAAAUUCUGAUGUAUCUGAUCUUAUUGAGUAUUUAUAUGAAUCUGAUAGUGACUUUUAUGAUAGUGAUAAUGAUAAUGAGAAUGAUGAUGAAGAUGAGAAUGAUGAUAAUGAGAAUGAUGAUGAUAAUAAUGAUGCAGAUGAUUAAACAUUGAAAAUAUAUGAAAAUAAGGACCUGUUAUUUUCUUGAUCCAAGACUGUAAACAUUAUUAUGCUCUCUGUGAGAGCGGUGCCAAAGCAUUUAGCAGAUUUAAUGAAAUUAUCUGUUACAAUAAUUUUUUAAUUAAAUAUUAUUAUAUAUUCAUUGUGUAAGUUUUACAU